ACAAUUCUGAAACUACGUCGUGUGUCCCCGAAUACAGGGGUUUUGCUCGCACAUUGCUGCUCCCUCCGAUUACGGCUCCCUCUACUGACCUGAACGCCCACGAGCAGCACCAGCAGCACUCGUAACUAUUCGGUUUUGUUUGUUGUAGAAAUGGCUGGGAUUUUGAAGCCACAAAGUGGGUUUGUAAUUACUCCCCACAAAGUAUCGAUCUGCAUACUUCUGCAGGUCUAUGCUCCUUCUGGUCAAUAUUCUGUGCCAUUCCCUUUUGCCUCGGUUUCUCAGCAUAAUCGUCUUGGAUUGUUCUUGAUUGCACUUACAAAGUCAUGUGAUGAUAUUUUGGAGCCAACAUUGGAUGAAUUCCUGAAGCUACUGAAGGAAUUUGGUGGAUUAUUAGAUAAUUGGUUAAGUGAUCAUGUAACCGGUAGGUUAUCAUCAUUAUCAUCACCAGAUGACCUCUUUACCUUUUUCAGUGAGUUACGAGUUGCAUGUCCUAUACACUUUAUGGAAUUUAAUGUAACUGUGUCAGGCAUCCUUGCGGGUCCUGAAACAAGCAUUGUUGACGACGACCAAAUAAAUUUGGAUCCAAAUAGCAACCUUGGAAUGUAUCUUCGUCGUUGCUUGCUUGCCUUCAAUAUUCUGUCAUUUGAGGGCAUGUGCCAUCUUUUGACAAAUAUAAAGACAUAUUGUAAAGAAGCCUUCUCAUGUCCUCCAUAUGAAAUGUCUCAUUUGGAUGAUCCUACUAAUGAUCUAGAGGCACCAGUAGAAUAUGAAAACAUGGAUUUGGAGAACUUUGUACUUCAAAACUUUACAGAAGAACUUGAAUCAAGAAAAAGGUCCACUGAAAGGGUCCCUUUUCAUAAUCAUUCAUCAAAAGCACUGUCUAGUUUAAUCGAAGAUAUUAUGGUUUCACCAGGCCAAAAAGGCAAACACAAUCACAGGAGUGCAGAAAGUAGCCAAUAUAUGAGCUCCCCCACCUCUGCAUUACCAAAUGCUGAACCUUCUGAUGUGAUUCUUCAACGGACAAACUGGCAGAUACAAGGAUACUUGUCAGAGCAAGCAGACAUGAUUGAAAAGCUUGGAAGCUCCUUUCCUAUGAGUGCAUUUGAAUCUGUUUUAAAGCUUCUUCAGAAAGUGGCCCCAGAGUUGCAUCGUGUUCACUUUUUGCGUUAUCUGAAUAGCCUUUAUCACGAUGAUUACCCAGCUGCCUUGGAGAAUCUUCAUCGUUAUUUUGAUUAUAGUGCAGGGAUGGAGGGAUCUGAUUUUGUUCCCACAUCAUUUGGCUGCACCAGCUUCGGAAGAUAUGAAAUUGCAUUACUAUCUUUGGGAAUGGCACAUUUUCAUUUUGGUCACCCUAAGUUAGCUCUGGAGGUUUUAACUGAAGCAGUCCGUGUCUGUCAGCAGCACAGUGAUGAUACUUGUCUUGCCUACACAUUAACAGCCAUUUGUAACCUGUUAUCUGAAGUUGGUAUCUCGAACAUGACUGGAAUUAUGGGAACAUCAGAUUCGCAGAUGACCAGUAUCGGCACAUCAUUGUCUGUUCAGCAACAGUUGUUUGUGCUUCUUAGAAGAUCUCUAAAAAGAGCAGAUUCUUUAAAAUUAAAGCGGUUGGUAGCUUCCAAUCAUUUAGCAAUGGCUAAGUUUGAUUUAACGCAUGUUCAGAGACCUUUGCUAUCCUUUGGGCCCAAAGCUUCCAUUCAGCUCAGAACUUGUCCAACUAAUGUUUGCAAGAAACUUAGAUUAAGUUCUCAAUUGAUCCACCAAUUUGACAAUGAAAGCUCGGUAAUGACAAUUGAUGGUGCUUUGAGUACUUCAUGGCUAAAGAAUCAGAGGAAACCGACAACUUCAUUGGUUUUUCCUCCAGAAAGUGGAUCUGAGAGCAAUUGUGACACGUUUUAUUCAUGGUUACAAUCAAGUUCUGUUCCUGGAUCUGUACUGCAACUCGUAGGUUCUUCCUACCUAGUUCGUGUGACAUCUUGGGAGCUAUAUGGAAGUGCUUCUCUUGCUCGAUCAAAUUCUCUGCUUUUUGCGACCUGCUUUGCUGACUCUUCAAGUUCAGCCGACCUUGCAUUGGCAUAUGGGAAGCUCAUCCAACAUUUGGCUGUGUACAAAGGGUACAAAGAAGCCUUUGUAGCCCUUAAGAUAGCAGAAGCAAAGUUUUUGUCCAUUUCAAAGUCUGGUAUCUUGCCAGUUAAGCUGCAGCUGCUUCAUGAGCGGGCUUUACAUAGGGGACAUUUGAAACUAGCUCAACAAAUAUGUGAUGAACUUGGAGUAUUGGCUUCUUCUGUAGCUGGUGUAGACAUGGAGCUCAAGACUGAAGCAAGUCUUCGUUGUGCUCGGACAUUGCUUGCCGCUAAUCAGUUUAGUCAGGCAGUCGCAAUGCUGAAACUUGUUUGUUGUCCAGAUUUUAAAGCUUCUAAAUUUCUGAGGUGAUGUGAGACGAUGAAGUACACUUGGAGUGAAGGUGUAUUGACUCAAUCUUGAUGGUCUUUGGAGUUCCAUAUUUCUUCAACAACAGUUGGUCUAAAUUCGAGGGAAAUCUUUGGUAUCAUGUAAUCUUCUAAGCAACCUUUUUCAAGUAUCCUGAGCGCGAAAAUGUUGAUCAUGGAUUGUAUCCGGUGAUAAAGUGUUGAUAUUUAAGCAUCGUGGCGAUUGAUAUGCUCCAUGUAGUCUAAAGGUUGCUUUUGUUGCAUAGGCUAGUAAAUUUGUGUUGUUACUUGUUGGGUUUAUUUUUGUGCCUUAAGCAUGGUUGCUAAAAUUGGUUUAGGAGUACACCUCGAGGCGAGGCGGUCAAAAAACGUUCUUGAGUUUUGUGCCGGCUUGAGCUGCAUAUGAAUUAAGUUCAGCUCUUCAUUUGACACAGGAGUCCAGGGAUUCAUUAUCGAGUCUAAUGAAGGUGUGUCAAACAAAGGUGUUAGGUGCUCUUUGUGACCCUCCAUCUAUAGAACCAGUAUGGGUGCACUUUUAAGAUCAAAUUGCCAACAUUUUCGGACCUUACUUGGGUUUUAGAUUAGUCUUAUUUGUGACAAGUUGAGAAUAUAGUUAUUCUCCAACUUGAGGAGUGUUAGAACAUUAACUCUGGUUUCCUUUUCUUUUUUUGUUGUAUUUAGUUUAGGUAGGGUUUCAUCUAUGUUGGUUCUUGGACCACCAUUGUAGCAACAGUUUUUCUGUGGAUGAAAGAAAUGCUUUCCAUAAAACCUUGUUUCUUCUCACUGGGCUAGCUUAAUAACAAUCAUUCUUUUGCUCCUAUUGCUCAGGUGGCAGAUCCAGUCAUUGUAUUUGUCUAAAAAUAUGCACUAGUUACUUGUACGAGCUAUUUGUUUUC